GGGGAGGUUAGAUAUUAUAGCAGGGUUGAGUUUAACUAGCAGCUGCUUUUACGAACUGAUGAAAUGAUAUCAGUUUUAACAGCCCAGCCUGACAUUUUUAUACCACUCUUUCACUGAUGAGAAAAUGUUGUGGCUAACUAAAGCCACAUAGCGUGAGGCACUCACAGUAGUAUGUGGAUUUAUGAAUUUCAUUUGGUAGUUUGACAUUUUCAGCGAAACAAUAUAACAUCCUGUUACAAAACUCUUACUAAAGCUAAAAGUAAAGGGAUGCAAUAACAGAUCAUGUUUGACUACCUUCUAAGGUUGUCAUUAUGCAUUAUGUCUGAAACCAGAGAAAGACAAAUUGCCGUUACAAGGAACUGCCUGUAGAGUGAUGGCACUCAACCAUAGCCAGUUCAGGAACCAACUUGACAAACUUCUUUUGUUUGCAAGAGCCACGUUAAAAACACCUUCUAAAUGUGCACUGAAUGUUGGAUGAAAGUGGUGUCACCUUAAUUUGAUCUUUUAAGCUGUAUGAUUACACCACUACAAAGCACCUUUACAUACCAUUUGGCUUGGAUAAACCCAACUUCCUGUAUAAAUGUUUGUUACUCAUCCUCAUAUGUCUUUGCUUUCUCACCUGUGUGUUAGUGACAUUUAGCCCAAGGUCAACUUUGACUGGUUAAUCAGCACAUAGAGUUGAGGUCACAGUAAGUACAUUUAAGUAUGUACAGUAAUAAUUAAGCUACAGUGGGUUUCGUGAAGGAAAGCUACAGUCCUCAUCUGUCCAAGCACAAAUAACACAAUCCAAUAUGCAAAUAUUUAAAAGGAUUAAAUGCACCUUUUGCAUUCAUUGCAAGCACACAACACAGAGCCCAAAUGUAGUACGAUAACUUGUAUAGUUCAUUUUAGUUUAGUGGUGUUAACAUGAACAAAUUUUCCAAGCCUUUCCAAAUUGUGGCACCCUUGGUUCUCAACCUUGCACUUCAAAAGUUUGAAGUUAGUUGGACUAAAGCAAUUUAUUGUCCAUCACUGGUCAAUCUCAGUUUUAAAAAGAUGGUCACACUUUAGUUUGGGGGCCGGUUCUGACUAUUAACUAGCUUUUACUAUGACAUUGCCUCAGUAAACUUCAGUAAAGUUGUUAAAUUUAGGUAUGGGGUUGGAUUAAGUGAUUCAUGCAGAAUAAGGCAUUAACUUGUGUUUUAUUAGGACUACUUAAUAGUCCUAAUAAAAGUCCAAAGUUAAUGAAGAAUUCAGUGUCUCUGAAUUUAAUAAUGAAAUGCCUUUAACUGAAAAUUGAGUGUUUAAUCUUAUCAUUAGACAUUACUGACACUCUAUCCUCUAAUUUGAUACUGUUAAGUGCUUUGACACAAUCUGUAUUGUUAAAAGCGCUAUAUAAAUAAAAGGUGACUUGACUACUAAAAAGCCAAUAUGCUAGUAAUAUGCAUGCAAGCAACAAGUUAAAAGUGAGAAUUGGUACCUAAACUAAAGUGUCACCAAAAAGACAAUUCUUUGCUUUAGUACAACUAAAAUCAAACUUUUAAAGUGCAUUUAAACAUACUUUGUGAUGUGAUUCACCAAUGUGAUUCAUGUGAAGGUAAAGUACCAACGGUGGCACAGCUUUGGUCAGAAGUUCUUUUUCCUGAAGCAAACUGAUGCAUUACAUCAUAACAUCUGGCGUAGCCAAGUCACGAAAUAUCCAGGCACCAGGCUCAGUACCUUCAAGGGGCAAUCCAUAAACUAUUACCAUCAUGACCUUUGGCAAGACACUUCAGCCUGGUUUGCUCUGAAGGGAUUUUUGCAAUAAUUGGUGUACUGCAAUUUGCUCUAGAUGAAAGCUUCAGCUUAAUGACAAUUCAAAGCAAAUUAGACAUCUGAACAGGCUAUGAAAACAUUAGAUAAAACCAAUACAAAAAGCAAUAAGUCACUGUCAAUGUGAAUUAACGGAGUACUACAAGAGUACAAAAGUAUGAUUGGAAACCAUCUGACUUUAAAACACCAAACAAGUUGGAUGUAUGGUAAAAUCCUUAAGAGUAACUGCACUGAAAAUGCACUCAAAAAUUUUCCAGGUUCUUGAUAAAGCGAAUAAGAUGGAACUGUGGUUUAACCUUGACCCCCGUCUUCUUCCUUUGUGUUGCAGCUAUUGAGGGUUUAUGAAGCGGCAGUAAGUGGGACUGCAAACUCCAGCCUACUGAAAGGAGCAGAAGAGAAGCUAAGCGACAGCAUGAGCCCACAGCCAUGGCUAGGCUGACCCAGCAUGCACUUCUCUCUCCUCAGGAUGCCCAAUGUCACCAAGAAAGAGGGAGGGAGAGAUCGAGAAAUGUAAAUGGCCAGUGCUCCAUCACUGGUCCAUCUCAAGGAGCUUAGCGACUGCGGUUGCUUUCCUUUCACGAGGACUCAGCGAGCCGCUCAGUCCCUCAGGCAACAGGGAGCACUUUUCAGCUCCCAUAUAAAACAUCCUCCCCCUUUACCCCUUCAGAGCAGAGUGACACUACAAAAUUAACUCAAGGGCGAGAGAGGCAGCCCAUCCAUUCAUUGUGAGAUUCACUCAAGCUGCAGAUUGCGGUUUCUCUCUAGAGAAAUGGCAGAGAGAACGGGGUCACAGAGGGUCAGCUCACACACCUCCUGGCUAUGGAGAGGUACGGAAACCAGGAGCCCAGUGUCAGCAGGAGGAAAAACAGAGGAAGAGCUUGAAAAACAGGAUGAGACACGUUUGUGCUUAAGGUACUCAAUAAAGACUCUAAAGUGUCUGUGAAACUCCUUAUUGAAGGAGACAGUCUGCUCGGACAGGAAGUCCAGAGGUGAAAUGGAUCCACCGUAACAAAAAGGCUUAUGGCCGGGCAAAUUUUUGUACCUCUUCAUGUCUUCAUCUAUUUGUAUCCAUCUCUUCAAAACUCACUCACACUCUGAGUGUCUGGGGUUGUCAUGAACAUCUAGGAUCAUCUUCGAGUGAUGGGCCUUUCUGGCCUUCCACACAUCCCUCAGAUCCUCCGUUACGCCUACAAAACUUCCUGGUCCCUUGACAGUAAGAGGGCCAGAGUGGGCCCAUCUAUCAGUGCAGCCUCGACUUUGAUCACACUUCAAACCUGAGGCCGACUGCGGGGGAUUAAAACAACCCCACUUCGCUUUUGAAGUGCCAUUCAGUGGCUCAGAUGGCAGAGAAGGGGAAUUAAUGUUGUGCGUGUCCUUUCCUUCACAAAGUCUCCUUUAACAGCUCCCUGAAGAUCUCCAACCUCAAUCUUCUUUCUUAACCAACUAGCAAAACAGCUUUGGCAAAACUGAGCCGCACCCACUAUCAGUCCUUGGUGCACACCAGAAACUCUACAGAUGGUAUUCGGACAAUUAACAGCUUUUGUUGGUGCAACAGAUUCUGAUGAGCAAUGCUGGACUGGACUGGUGGUUGAGGAUAACGUACAGUGGAGCGAUACAAUCCAGAUAAGUUUCAUUAGUGGAAAGCUGUUCAUUCCCUGUCUAUGUCACUGGGAGUCGCCACAAGAGGGAGGGACUUAAGCAUAGAGGGACAAUGCUUGUGUUUGUGCAACGGCCCCUGAGUGGCGGCUGGCUCUGUCGGAUCUCUUGUGCCUGACUACGGCUGCUGCACACAUUGUCAGCGUGCAGAGGGGGAAGUGGACGGCUUGAUCCGACCGGUCAAUGCACUGACAGAGCAAGUUCCAAGGUGAUUUAUUUUGACCAAAGAGUGGCUGUUCAUCCUAAAAGGAAAGGUGUGAAGGUGUGAAGGCUGGCCGGGUGGGUCGUGGACGGUUUGUGCUGACACUUUUGCAGCAGAGAGAGAAGAAUUGGAGGAAAUCAGUUAAAGUGUGGCCAAAAUGGCCGAGAAGAAAGUGAGCCUCCCUGCUAAGCUGAUUAAUGGGGGUGUGGCUGGACUGGUGGGCGUGACCUGCGUGUUUCCCAUUGAUCUGGCCAAGACCCGCCUCCAAAACCAGCAGGGUGCUCGCGUUUAUAGUGGAAUGCUGGACUGUUUGGCAAAGACGAUCAAAGUGGAGGGCUACUUUGGCAUGUACCGAGGUGCAGCCGUGAAUCUGACACUGGUCACUCCAGAGAAAGCCAUUAAACUGGCUGCCAAUGAUGUCUUCAGACAGAAGCUCUCCAAAGAUGGAAAAUUAGCUCUGUGGGGGGAAAUCCUUGCGGGCUGUGGAGCCGGAACCUGUCAGGUGGUAGUCACCACCCCCAUGGAAAUGCUAAAAAUACAACUACAGGAUGCUGGAAGGUUGGCUGCUCAGCGGACUGUCACUGCCUCUGCCUCUGCUUCUGCCGCUGGUCCGACCCCCUCGCUGGUUGCCUCUCGAGCAGCACAGCCAGGCACCAACACCCCUCCUCGACCCUCAGCGACCCGUAUUACCCUGGAGCUACUUAAGACCCGAGGACUCAGGGGACUUUAUAAGGGAGCAGGUGCUACACUGAUGAGGGAUGUCCCAUUCUCCAUGAUCUACUUCCCGCUGUUCGCCAACCUCAACGCCGUGGGCCGCACUGAGGAUCCCCAUAGCAACCCCCAGGAGCGGGCCCCCUUCCUGCAGUCUUUCGUGGCUGGCUGCAUGGCCGGAUCAGUGGCGGCAGUAGCUGUCACUCCCCUGGAUGUUAUAAAGACCCGUCUACAGACCUUACAGAAAGGGGAAGGAGAGGACUCCUACAGAGGCAUCAUCGACUGCGUACAGCGUGUUUUAAAACGUGAAGGACCAUCUGCGUUUCUUAAAGGAGCAACGUGUCGAGCUUUGGUCAUCGCUCCGCUCUUUGGCAUCGCUCAGGGCGUGUAUUUCCUGGGCGUCGGCGAGCACGUGCUGGGGCUGCUGGGAUAGCGGCAGGUGACGGUACCUCAGUCAUCAAACACACAGUACUGUUUCUACAUGGGCCAAGGGAUGAAGAUGAGAGAUGAAGGAAGACAUGGUGAUGUUAAAAGAAGCCCCCCGACUUUAUUUGCGAUGAGGUAAAUAUGGAGGGAAAUUCACAACCAAAGGAGGUUCAGACACUUUGGAGAACAGAGGAGGGUUGUGUAACGCUAACAUAAAAGCCUAUAUUGCACUCUAACCAUGUUUAAGUACCUAAAAACUACAAACAGGGUCCUGUUCUGACUAAUCUGGCAGGGAUUUUUGUCCACAAUUUUUGUCCAAUUAAUAGUUUUUAUGCCUAUAGCUACAAUCAGUUUUAAACCAACAUGAUUUGUGAUAAUCAAUUUAUUGGUUGUGAACAGGGUCGAUGUGUAUUUAGAAAGGCAUGGAAGCCCAUUUCCACCAAGGAAUAAAAAAAUAAUGAUCAUUGUAACUUUUUAUUUUACGAUUCAGACUUUUUUCCUCACAAUUCUAAGAAAGAAAAGUCAGAAUUGUGCUCAGAAUUUACAUCUCACAAUUCUGUUUUCUUUUUCCUGCCACCAAAUAAAAAAUUUAUAAAAGCCAAUUGUGUGUUUAUCUCACAAUUCUGUGAAGUAACAUCUCGCAAUUCUGACUUUUUUCUCGCAAUUCUAAGUUUAUGUUUCACAAUUCUAAGUUUAUAUCUUGCACUUCUGACUUUUUUUUCUCUGAAUUCAGAGUUUACAUCUCACAAUUGUUUCUGCCACCAAAUGAAAAAUAAAAAAGGUAAUUGCGACUGUUUCUCACAAUUCUGAGUUUACAUCUUGCAGUUCUGUUUAUAUCUGACUUUUUUGCUCAGAAUUCUGAUUUUAUAUUUCUUACUUCUGACUUUUUUCCUCAAAAUUCUGAGUUUACAUUUCACAAUUCUGUAUUUUUUUUCCCACCAUUGGAUGAAAAAAUGUAAAAUGUAAUUGCGAUUGUUUCUCACAAUUCUGUGUAUAUCUCAAUUCUGACUUUUGUCCAUAGAAUUGUGUUUACAGCUCAAAAUUGGGACUUUUUUCUCUGAAAAAAUUGUGAGAUAAAAAGUCGCAAUUAACUUUACAUUUUUUUUAUUCUGUGGCAAAAACGGGCUUCCAUAGAGAGGAGACCUGAAUCAAAGUUGAUAUGUAUCUGUAUCAUUUAAAUUUAUGUUUUGGCUUUGUACUGCUGAUUACCACCAUUUAAACAGCAAAAAAUAAGCAGAAACUGGGUUUAGUGUCUGCUGACCUAUUCGGGCGGCUGCUUUAAUUCUCGUCUCUCAGUAAAUCUCAGUCUCUACUUGUGAAGAGACUGCUGGACAUUGCAGCAGAGGCCUUGUCCUUCUAUUAUAUGUUCCUCUGCGGGACAAAAUUCCUUGUAGGUUAUAUAAUGUUGACCUAAUAUUUUUUAAUGCUUCUUUAAAUGAUUUUGUUGAGUGCACAAUAAAUUAAAAUGCAACAAAGCCUUAUCUUUGCCACUCAAGUCUUUCACUGAAAAAUAACAAAAUAUAAUUACCAGUGGCUUUUAAAGUGUAUAUAUAUAUAUAUAUAUAUAUAUAUAUAUAUAUAUAUGGUUCAUUCUUAUGUAGAGAACUGAGUUUUUUCACAUUCGGUAGAGUGAAAAAUAGAGAAAUGAGAUCUUGAAUGGUUUAAUUUUGAGUGUACUUCUGUGAAAAGAAACAAUAGCAUAAAAAUGUAAGAUAUUUUCAUUUCAAAUACAGUACUUUAAUAAUACCAAGAAAGAGAUAAUUUUAAUCAUAUGUAGUGGCAUAUUCCUGGAAGACAAGACUUGAUUUUUGAGAAAAAAAACAAUAUAUCUCAGAGGCUUCAUAUUCAUAUGUUAUACUAAAUAAUUGUAAUGAGCAACAAGCAAUCUGUAUUAAAUAUGCAACACUGAUAUAGGCAUCUCUGCUUAUUAAAUCACUGAAGAGCUUUUGUAUUUUGAUGUUUCUUGAAAACAUGGUCUGGAGUCAUUUGAUUAUGCAAAACAUUGUUUGUGCACCACAACUGAUGCUAAUUU